AUGGAUCUUCACUCCAAGCUGCAAGCCGCCUGGUAUCGGCUCAUCAACACAUACAGGCCUGGUACCAUCGAGCUGACGGGGUCGAUCGCUACUCAGACCGUUGGCUUCAUUCUCCCAGCAACGCUUUACCUGCUGAUCGACACUCUGUUUCCGGAGUUCUCCAAGCGGCACAAGAUCCAGAGUGCGGGCCGACAACCGACUCGUCCACAGAUCUUGCACUGUGUGAAAGUGACAUUGUUCAACCAUGUGUGGGUGGUGGCAAUCCACGCUAUGCUGGUCUACUGGGCUGGCCUGGACCAUGCCAUCAUGAACCUGGAUCCGAUCGUGCCGCCGUGGAGAGAGUUUAUUGUGGACUUUGUCUUUGCGCUCUUGGCCCGAGAAAUAUUAUUUUACUACAUCCAUCGUACGCUGCAUCACCCGCGAAUCUAUGCCUAUAUCCAUAAAAUGCACCACAAAUAUACUACGCCCGUGGCGUUCGCGGGGGAGUAUGCCCAUCCUGUCGAACAUGUCAUUGCAAACAUCCUACCGAUUACGCUACCGUUAUAUCUCAAAGGCGCCCACUACCUGUCCAUCAUCGCAUUUGUCAGCUUUGAGCUCUGGGAGGCUGCCGCUGACCACAGCGGGUACGACUUUCUGAAACUGCCGCCGGCCGAACUGCACGACUUGCACCAUGAGAAAUUCCGCGUGCAUUAUGGUACUAUUGGACUGAUGGACUGGAUCCAUGGGACAGACGUUGUGGGCUGGGACAGACCAGAGACGGACAAAAGAGAUGAACAAUAA